AUGACCAUUGCAUCAUCUAAUACACCUGUAACUGCUAAUCCUCCAGGUCCAUCUCAACAACAAAUAUCAUUACAACAAACCUUGUCAGUUCCACCCAUAGUCCAAGUUUCAGAAACACCACCACACCAAAAUAUCUCACCUACAUCUAUGGAAUUACCACCUUUGGACAUGAUGGCCAACCAUUAUCAACCUUUUUAUGAUGCUCUAUCAGGUCCUACGCUAUCUUCAACCUUAGGAGGAGUUAUCUAUAAUGCACCCACUAAUGUACCAUCUACGCAACUUACUACUUCAAUGCCUAUGGUUGCUCAAAUACCCACGACUUCUAGCAUAGUGCAUACAACUCCUUUCAUUAAUCCAGUCAUGAGACCAUUGAACUUAUCCUCUACACAAACAUCCCCUUGGACCACAAGAAUGACAUGCUACCCUCUACCAUCUGUUACACAGGCCAUGACUGGGAGCAUGAAUUAUGUAGCACCAAUUUCAUCUGUGUCCCUGCCUGUACAAUCUCUAUCACAGAUUGUCAGUACACCUCAACAUCAACCUCAAGUAAUUGCACCACUUAUUGUUUCACAACUAUGA